UGCGCGCAUAGUCUGUCCCGGAUCAUUGCGAGUGGGGUAUUUGGACGGUGAUUAGAAGAGUCGGCGCGUCCCGUCGCUGGUCAAUCGCAAUGUCGGGAAUACUCUACACACUGCUCGGUCUCGCGGCGAGCGCGAGUUUUCACUGUGCGGUCAGGCGCGAGAUUAGCCCGUGCACCUGUAGACAAGAAAAAUAUUCCCCUCCUGCGAGUAUCGUCAGUCCUGUUUCUGAAACACCAACAAUUGUUCCUUCAGUAAUUGGUGUUUCUAGUGUUCCUAGUACCGGGGAGUUGGGUGGUAGUGGUGUUGGUAUUGGUGGUGGUAGUGGUGAUACUAGUGUCAGCUUUAGCAAUCCCCAGAAGCAUGGAGAAAAAAUAUCGGUCAUGUGCGAGAAAAUGGAGUCAUUUGGAGAAGUUGUUAAUGCUCUCAAGGAAAAAUUUAACCCCGGUCAACAUAUUACUCUCAGAAUAUCACACUCACAGCUCAGGGAUAUUUCUAAACAUCAUUUUAAGGAGCUGAAGAUGUCUAUUGUGAAGCUUGAACUCAAUCAUGACCACCUGAGUAAUGUCGACGGUGAAGUGUUUGCAGGUUUGGGUAGAACAUUAUAUCUGAAUUUGGCAGACAAUGAAAUACCAUUGAUACCAAGGCAUAUUUUAUCUCAUUUGCCUCUCGUUCGAACUUUGGAGCUCAGUAGAAAUCGAAUAACACGAAUCGAUGUCAACGAUUUUAAGUAUAAUCCAUCUCUGCAACAUUUAUUGUUGGCCGGAAAUUCAAUAUCUGAAAUGGUACCAGGAUCUUUACCACCACAAUUAAAUAAACUCCACGUGGGCAGGAAUCACCUGCAUACUCUGAACCGUACUCUAUGUGAUUUAAAUCAGCUCGAGUGGUUAUUUAUAAAUUCAAAUGAAUUAACGUCCUUGGAUGGUGAAUUACCAACUUCUGGCCACAACCUCCGGAUGCUUCAUGCUAUGGACAAUAAAUUGACGCAUUUACCACCAGAAUUCCGACAACUUCAUAGACUAGAAAUGUUGUUCCUUCAACAUAAUAAAAUACGUAGUCUUGAUGGCACUUUACAAAAAGCUGGAAAUCUUCAAUAUCUUGAGCUGUCUUAUAAUGAAUUGCAAAUAUUGACCGAAGAAGACUUUAUUGAAGCAGGAUUAUUAGAAGAUCUUGAACUUGGUCAUAAUUCACUGAAGUCAUUGGGUGGUGGUACAAGUGGAGGUGAUGGAAAUGGCAGUAAGAGUGCACUCUGGCCAUUAAAAUCUCUUAAAUGCCUCAAUUUAACUCACAACCAAUUGAGUGAAUUUUCCUUCGCUACUCUACGAGGACUCAAGGAACUUCGGCUUAUCGAUCUUUCUCACAAUCGAAUUCGACGUCUUUAUCGAGGUCAUAUUGAGAAUCUUGUUGAUAAGGAUGCUGAAGAAAAGCCUGGGGCAAGCAUCCAAGAGUUACGUUUGCAACAUAAUGAAUUGCAAACUCUAGAAGAUUCGUUAUUUGAAGGAAUGCGUGAACUUCAAAGACUAAAUUUAAGCCACAAUUCAUUAGGACCGACGAUUGGAUCUCACGAUUUUUGUGAACUCGGAAAUUUACGAAGUCUUGACUUAUCUCAUAAUAAACUCACAUCACUUGAAGAAAUUUCUGAAGCAAAAUUACCCGCUCUUGAGGAAUUGUUUGCAUCGCACAAUCGACUUGUGACUUUAUCAGAUCGUGAUUUCCGAGGAUUUCCAAAUCUUUGUUCAGUAGAUUUGAGCAUGAAUGAGAUUCGUUCUCUCACUUAUGAAAUUGUAGCCAACACUCGAUGUAUGGUUCAUGGAGUCCCUGAUGUGCUUCGAAUUUACUUACAAGACAAUCCUGUCAUGUGUGACGCUGGUCUACUGGAUCUUACAGUUGCAAUGGAAGUCAAUCAUGCAAAGAUUUACGGAGUUGCAAACAAUUGUCCUACAACGAUGCAAACACCUACUGAAACAACUCCAGCUUUGGCUGCUUAAUUAUCUGAUAUUUUUCCCACCAAUAGCCUUGGCCUUGGUUGUUGCUAAUAUUUUUUUUCGCUGCGGCCCGAAUGAAAGUCAACAGAAUUAGAUAAGUAAGCAAGGGCAGCAUGGUAAAAAUAUGAUAGAAGAAGAAGGAAUAAAUAUCAACAAGAAGUGACAUUUUUCCUUUUCAUGAUUGCAUUAGCCACUGUUGUUGUCGUCAGUGUAGUGACUUGACAAUUUGCAAAGGCUAAAAAAUAUAUCAUAUUAAGUAUCUUCAGGAUACUGAGCUUUUUUUAAUAUUGAUUGAUUUAAUUUUUUUAUGUUUUGUAAAGAGAAAAAAAUCAUUCUGAUUGCAAUGAAAUUUUUAUAUGAGGCAGCAAGAACUGGUUAAAUUGAUGAAUAUAAUACUAUGGCAAAGCAGAUUAGCUACUAAUCUUGAAAAGAAAUAUAUGACCUGUUAGAUUAUUAAUUGAUAAUAAUUAAAAAAAUUUAUUAUUAUUUUAUUAAUAUUAUUUUUAUUAUUAUUGAUAUUAUUAUUUUUAUUAUUGUUAUUAAUUAUUGUCAUCAUUUAGUUGUAGGCAUUGUAUGCAUUGUAAAUAUUUCCAUUAUCUUUCUUUUUCGAUACAUAAAUAUUUCGAUUAAAAUUUUUGAUCUAUCAUUGACUUCACUAUUUUAGAAAUUAGAUUUACCCACCCAGUAUAAUAAUUUUGCGAAAAUUAUGGAUAAAUUAUCUACAAAAUAUUAUGUACUAAGUGUUUUUCGCAAUUUAAAGGAGAAUGUAAUCUUCAUAGAAUAAAUAAUACCUUUUCAUCACGUUAUUCAUAAUAAAAAAUGAGUGAUGAUGAAACCAAAAUAAAUAAUUAUUAUUAGAUUGUCGCAAGAGUCUUUGCAAAUUUGUAUAAUAUUUGGAAUUAAUCGUAAUGAAUUUUUUGCAACCAUUUAUUGUUACCAUUGACAAAAUUUUUUAAAUAAAUAUUAAUAUUAAAUUGUAAAGACUUUUGAAGUAAUUUAAUAUUAAAUAUUAAUAUAUAAAAAAUCUAUAUCGAUUGUCGCUCCAGUCUCACAGGUUGGCUUAUAGUUGAAUCAUAAAGUUUUCAAUAGGCUUAUAUUAGGGCGAAGUUUGCUAGAGGUCAAUAAAGCAAAUAAAAUUUGUUAAAUUGUUCUCUUGGCUUUCACGAAUGACUAAUUGACAGUGGGCGACGGCUUGACCUUUCAUUGACUCUUGUCAAUAGACAAUUAUUGUUAUCGGCUCAUCCAUUGAAUACAUGAUAUUUCAGCCAUUUUUAUGCUGCCGAAAAAUUACAAAAAUAAUUAAGGGAUAGUUUGAUAUUUUUUUUAGCAAAUUAAUAGUCAGUUAAUCAUUCAAUGUUUAAGAAAAAUUUCUCUUAUUUCUGGGAGCAAAAAAGGAUGUGGUCGAAGAAUGAAUAAUAAUAAUAAGAAACUAGCUUCGAUAGCUAGGAUUCAAAGAAAAAUACAUGAAACUGUUGAGUAUUGUAAGCAAAUAGGCAUUUCAUAUGUAGUAAGAAAUUCGGAUUGUACAUAUAUGCAUACAUUAAUAAAUUUAUAAUUGUCCAAAAAAAUAUUUAUAUCCGUGUAUGCGUAUAUGAACAUAGAGAUUAAUUGUGAGAGAUCUGUAUGUAAACAGUAGCUUUUAAGUCACUUAUCAACGCUGUGAUUUACAGUUUUUAAUUUCUAAUUUGGUCAUUUUUAUCACACGUGUGAUAAAUGGAAACAAUUUUAAAAAAUGUCCCUAAACACGAUUACGAACACUUAUAUACACAUCUCUGGUAAUACGAAAGUUUAUUGCAGAAACGUUAUAUUUUAAUAAAAGUGUCAUGUUUAGUCAUUAAUUAAGUUGAAUAUAUAUUUAAUAAAUCGACUGUCCGCAAACAACCACAAAUAUCCAAACUCUCAUCAAUAAAAAUAUUACUCUUCUAAA